AUGGUUCGCUCCCACUGUCCCACAUCCCUUUCGCGCUCCGCUUCUUCUCCACCCCCAAACUACGCUCACUCACUCCACGCUCCCCCUCUCCAAGUAAUAGGGUUAGGGGUUUCCACCUAAUCGGGGCCUCGAGAAGAUGCGAUUUUUCCCAUGAAAGAGAAAAGGAAAAAAGAUUAAAAAGAAAAAAAUUCGAGGGAGGAAUCGCGAAUGCGAGGAUACCGGGAAUAAUGGUGAUGGCGAUCGUGCUCUCCGUGGCGCUCCUCCUGGUGGGGAUCGCGGCGCUGGUGGCCGUCCACGUGUGCCUCGUGGGUCGUCCGUUUCGCAGGGCGGGAGUAGGGUUCGAGACGAUGGGCGGCGUCGGCGGCGUAAGUGUAGUCGGCGCCAGGGGCUUGUCCCCUGCCGACUUAGAGAAGCUCCCCUGCUACUACUACUACUACUACGUCGACUCGGGAGGAGGGGCGGAGGAGGACGACGACGACGACGACGUCAAGGGGAGAUCGGACGGCGCCGGGGACUGCGCCGUGUGCCUGGAGAGCUUCCGGAUGGGCGACACGUGCCGGCUCCUCCCCGCGUGUCGCCACAGCUUCCACGCGCGCUGCGUCGACUCGUGGCUCGCGAAACGACCGAUCUGCCCCGUGUGCCGCCGCGUCGCCGCCGACGAUGGCGUUGGGGCAGGGGCAGGGGCAGGGGCAGGGUUGGGCGCGAGACACCACAAUUCGACCGCUGGGGUUUCGACGGCUCCUGAUCCAUCAUCACCCGCUUCGCACGUGAUCCCUCCGCCCCAGAUUUAGCACUCUUCUUUGUAAAAAUUUUGUAAAUUUGGACUUUAAAUCUGUAAGAUAAUAUAUUAUUUAAUGUG